ACGCCGGUAAUCGCAGCAAUCACAGAGUGAGUUGUGUGAGGCAGUACGUGCCCCUCGGAAGUUCCCCCCGUGUGUCUGGGGCGGAUGGUUAGGUCCUGUGUUAAGGCUGCAGAGCCCUCAGUCCGGCCGUGGUGUGUGUGAGAGAUGUCAGCUGAUCUCCGGAAAAGGAGAAAAGAGGUGAAAAAUGAGACGUCACAAGAAAACAUGGCUGAAGAAGAAGGCAAGGAAAAAGAAAGCGACCGGUUUUGGUAUAAAUGCCUUAAAAAAGGAGCGAUUGUGUUGCUGUUGAUUGGCGUUCUGCUUGGCGUAAAGGUUUACCGCGACGGCGAGGCGGUGAAGAAGCAAGAGGUGGCCCUGAGGGCGCUUGGCAGCGAAGGUCUCUUUCUCUUCUCCUCGCUGGACUCCGAUAAGGAUUUGUUCCUCAGUCCCGAAGAGUUCAAGCCGAUAUCGGAGAAGCUGACCGGAGUGUCUCCGACCUCCGACUACGAAGAGGAGGAGACGCUGGAUCCCAGUGGCGAGACUCUGUCCGUGGAGGCGCGUUUCCAGCCUCUGCUCAUGGAGACCAUGACCAAGAGCAAGGAUGGGUUUCUAGGCAUCACUCAGAGCGCUCUCUCCGGGCUGAGGAACUGGACCUCGCCAGCAAUACCCAACAGUGUGUUCUUUGCCAGGCAAUUUAAAGCUUUCCUUCCACCCAAAAACAAAUUGGAUUUGGGGAACCCCUGGUGGAUCAUUCCCAGCGAGUUAAAUAUAUUCACGGGGUACCUUCCCAACAACAGAGUCUACCCUCCGGCCCCUAAAGGGAAAGAAGUUAUCAUCCAUAAGCUGCUAUCAAUGUUUCACCCGCGUCCGUUCGUAAAGACCCGCUUUGCCCCGCAAGGUUCCGUGGCGUGCAUUCGGGCGAUCAGCGAUUUUUAUUACGAUGUCGUGUUCCGGAUCCACGCCGAGUUCCAGCUAAACGAACCUCCCAACUUCCCUUUCUGGUUCUCUCCCGGCCAGUUUACCGGCAACGUCGUGAUUUCGAAAGACGCUUCUCACGUGAGGUACCUCAAACUCUUCGUCCCCAAUAACCGCAGUCUGAACGUCGACAUGGAAUGGCUGUACGGAGCCAGCGAAAGCAGCAACAUGGAGGUGGACAUCGGGUACCUUCCGUUGAUGGAGUUAGAAGCCUCGGGUCCGUCCAUCCCGUCUCUGAUCUACGACGAGAACGGGGAGGCAAUCGAGAGCAGGAACGCCGAAGGAGAGCCCAUAGAGUUUGUGUUCGAGGAUAUAAAUUGGCAGUCCGAGAUCUCUUGGCAAGAGGCUGCCAAAAUCCUGGAGGUGACCCUGUACCCGUUUAAGAGGGUAUCGUACCUCCCGUUCACGGAGGCUUUUGAGCGAGCUUCCGCAGAGAAGAAACUCGUGCACUCGGUCCUGCUGUGGGGCGCGUUGGACGAUCAGUCUUGCUGAGGUUCGGGGCGAACUCUCCGAGAGACCGUCUUGGAGAGUUUGCCCGUCCUCGCGUUGCUCAACGAGAGCUUCGUAAGUAGUUGGUCGCUAGUGAAGGAACUAGAAGAGCUUCAAAAUAGCAAAGACAACGAAUCGCACGCGACGUUUGCGUCUCUCCAUUUAGAGAAAUAUAACUUCCCCGUGGAGAUGAUGGUGUGUCUUCCCAACGGGACCGUCGUCCACCAUAUUAAUGCCAAUUAUUUCCUGGAUAUCACUUCCAUGAGGCCUGAUGAGGUGGAGAGCGCCAUGUUUAGCUUUUCUGAUGGUCUGGAGGACUUGUCCACCUCCACUUAUGUUAAGUUUCUGAGGGAAGGGUUAGAGAAAGCAAAACCAUAUCUGGAAUCCUAGACAUUUGUUAAACGUCACUCUGUUAACCGUUACUUUUCCAGCGAACAGCUUUGGUCUUGGAGGAUAUUUUGUUUCCUCGACCUUCGUUAUGGUCGGUGUGUCGAGAGGCUCAACCCUCAUCGGUUUCACGGCCCUCAAAACCAAAGUGUUGCCCGUCUACCUUGACCCCAGAAUGUUAAAUGCUGAGAGGUUUGGGAGUUUGCAGCAUUCUUGGCGGCCCCCUGGCCAUCGGUCUGCCCCCUAUUUACCUGAUCUGCCGCUUCAGCGUGGGGCCGGUGGAUGGGUUGUGUCCGGCCGCAAGCUAUGUGAGCAAAUGACUUAUUUGUUUUGGGGGGGUACGUUCUGGAAACAUUUGACCAUCUAAUAGCCCCCCCGAAUCUGACAUCCUAAUCUACAAACUACU